ACCCUGACAAACAUCGUUCCACAAGCAAUAUCAUUCAACAGCGGAAGCUGGAGCAGCAUGGAGCAGUGCAUCAAAUGUAUUAUGGACGAAUACUGCAAAGACAACAACGCUGUUACUAAAGCCUAUGUUGUAACUGGAGCAAUACCCAACCCAAGCACCGACCCCAACACCAAACUAAAUAAGAGGGUUAAUAUUCCUGACAAGCUCUGGUCAGCAUUCUGCUGCUACGACUCCAAAAAGAAGAAAUGGAUCGCAAGCGCGCACUGGGGUGACAAUGUUCCUGAUAAACCUGAACGCAAGUAUCUGCCCACCAUCACUCUGCAAAAACUUCAGGAAGAACUGAAGAUAGUAGCCUUUCCUGAAACACAGUGUCCUCUCCAAACAACCGUUAGUGAGUUCUACAAAACCCAAGCAAAACACUGCCAAUGCCAGAAAACUUAACCACUUCUUCCC